AUGUCAAAUAUUACAGUAUGCGCACGCUUUAGGCCUUUGAACUCAAAAGAGAAGCAAAAUGACAGUAACUCUGUUUGCAUUCGAUCUAGAGAUACCGAAACUUUCAUUUUCAAGGACGAAAAGGAUGAAGAAUCCGUGUUUAGCUUUGAUAGAGUGUUCUACGAACAGUCUGAGCAAGCUGAUGUCUAUCAGUUCCUAGCUCUUCCCAUGGUUAGAGAUGUUGUUGAUGGAUACAAUGGGACAAUUAUCACUUACGGCCAGACUGGAGCUGGGAAGACAUAUAGUAUGGAGGGACCUGGUAUACUUGAAUGUGGUGAACAGAAGAAGGGACUUCUUUCAAGAGUUGUAGAGGGACUUUUUGAUUCCUUAAAUUCUUCUGAUGAAAAGAAAACAUAUUCAAUUAAGUUGUCAAUGGUUGAAAUCUACAUGGAAAAAGUGAGGGACCUAUUUGAUUUAUCAAAAGUUAAUAUACAAAUUAAGGAGAGUAAAUCGCGAGGAAUAUUAUUGCCCGGUGUUACAGAGAUUACUGUGCUGGACCCUGUUGAAGCAUUGCAAAACCUGUCUAAGGGGAUAGCUAACCGGACAGUUGGUGAGACCCAAAUGAACAUGGCCAGCAGCAGAAGUCACUGCAUUUAUAUAUUCACAAUUCAGCGAGAAUUUUCCAGAGAUAAAAGGACGAGUUUCGGAAAACUAAUUCUAGUGGACUUGGCUGGGUCAGAGAAAGUGGAGAAAACAGGAGCAGAGGGAAGAGUUCUAGACGAAGCCAAAACCAUAAACAAAUCCUUGUCUGCUCUGGGAAAUGUAAUAAAUUCUCUUACAUGUGGUCUGCAAGGAAAAACAAGCCAUAUCCCGUAUCGUGAUUCCAAGCUCCCUCGAAUUCUUCAGGAUGCUCUUGGAGGAAAUGCUAGAACUGCAUUGCUUUGUUGUUGCUCACCCAGCGCUUUUAAUGCAUCCGAGAGUCUGUCCACUCUUCGUUUCGGUGCAAGGGCGAAACAUAUAAAGGCGUCGCCUCGCAUGAAUUACAGUGAAGAAAAAAGUGAUACAAGUUCUAGUGCUGCUUCUCCGUCUGAUGACGAGUCAAGCGCCAGAGUUUUGAACAAGUUGAGGGAGAAAUUUAAUGUUGAAGAUGUGAAGUUCCUAGAGGAAUUGUUCAUACAAGAGGGCAUUCUGUUUGACCUUUCAUCUGUUGAAGAGGAGUCAGACAUAGAUGACCUCACUUUACAGAUGAUAUCCUUGCUGCAAGCAGCCAUGGAAAAGCUUACAGCUACUGUUGAUGAGCUUAAAAGGGAGAAUGGCAUUCUCAGGGCCAAAGUUGAUGCCUCCACGGAUUCUCUAUUCUACAAGGGAGCAGAGAAUAGUUCCAUUUUUCAGAAUAUGAUUUCAGGUAUCCUGACUUUCUUUCUUCGUUGGUCGGGUUACACUUCUUCAAGACGCUGGCAGUGACUACUCAUUCUUAUAUGAUGCCUUGCCGCAG